UCCUGCAUCCGGGCCUGGGUGGGCUGGCCCUCAAAGCUAGCGAGGGGCAUGGAGGUCGGCGGCGAGCGCCGGUCGGGCGGCUCUCCCUCUUCCCCUCGGGACUACUCGGGGAUCUCGGUGUCUAAGGAGCUGCUGACGGCGGGAAGCGGCGGCUGCGGAGGUAUAUGGGACAGGCUACUCAUCAACCCCAAGCCUAAUCACAGAAAAACUUCCACUCUUCAAACGGUUCGGAUAGAGAGGAGUCCCUUAUUGGACCAAGUGCAGACCUUUCUCCCACAGAUGGCUCAGGCGAAUGAAAAGCUAAGAAAAGAAAUGGCCGCUGCACCGCCUGGGCAUUUCAAUAUUGAAGACAUUGAUGAGAGUCUUGGAAAAGUGAUACAAAUGGAUGUGGCCUUGUUUGAGAUGAAUCAAUCCGAUGCAAAAGAAGAGGAUGGUUCAGAAGAGAGUUCGGAGGACAGCUCAGAGGACAGCUCCGAAUCUGAGGAGGAAGAUGACGGCACCUCUUCCGAAGUCACCAUAGAUAACAUUAAGCUUCCUCAUUCAGAAGAGGGAAAAGGCAAGAUUGAGGUUUUGGACAGUCCAGCCAGUAAAAAAAAGAAAGAGUAAAAUAAACGAUCUCAGAAACGGGUGAUCUCUGCCUGCUAAUUCUGUGGAACAAGAACGUGGUCUGCUGGUUAUUUUGCAUUUCAGGUAUCUGUGGUACUUUCAUGUAAUAUUAGAUGGUUUUUGUUUCUCAGAGAAACAGAAGCUACCUUUUAAAGAACUGAAAUAGGAGCAUCUGGGAAAUCUUCUAAGAGCAGACCAUAGUUGAUCCCCUGCUAAAGAGAUUCCCUUUAGAAAGCUUAGCUUUGUUAUGGUGACAAAUGAAUGUGCUGGCAUCUUCUUUCUUCAGCAUAGACUUCAGAAAUAUCAAACUUAUUCUAAUGUAAAAGUACAAAUCAUUUGUUUUUGUAUUAAAUUUAUUCUCUUGAAUAACACAGUGUAGGUUUUUUAUGG